UAAAAGUAUAACAUAUAAAAAGAAGGCAUGAAAUACAAGCAAAAGAAUAUAAUACAAUGUGAAAAAACUAAUGACUUGAAAGAAGAAACACAUCCGGUUUGAUACAAUCAUAUCUAAGUCACUGUUGAGUACCAUUCGUAUCAGAAAUCUUGGUCUGCGAAAGUGUUACUUCAUAUACAAGUCCCUGAGACAUACUCAAAAUCAAUUCCAAGAUCCAACUAUUUCUUCGCUCCCUACUCUGGAGUACCUGGGUUGGAGAAGGGGGAGGAGGAGGCUAGGAUUUACUUUGGGAGGGGCGGGAGGAGCGGAAGGCGGCGGAGGGCCGGGAGAGCUCGGUUGCGAGGGCGUCGGGGCUGAGGCCGCGGUCGCAGAGGGCGACAAGGAGGGUUGUUGGUUGGUCGAGAUACGUGAUGGGCUUCGCCUAUCCGGACCGGCCUGGGCCCUCCGGUUUAUACUUGAACCGGACCGUAAACUCGACCCAAAACCCUUUAAACCCUACUAGGCGCUGCCAAUGUGCAUCGAACGAGGGAGGGAGGGAGAGCAGCGGUGCUUUCCUCUCGAUUCUCUUUCUAGGGCUCAAUCGAUCGAAGGCGAAGGAGGAGAGGAAGACAAAAUGAAGCCGGUGGUGGGUAUCGUGGUUUCGAAUAAGAUGCAGAAAUCGGUGGUGGUGGCGGUGGAUCGGCUGUUCCACCACAAGCUCUACAACCGCUACGUCAAGCGCACCAGCAAGUUCAUGGCCCACGACGAGAACAAUGACUGCAACAUCGGCGACCGAGUUAAGUUGGAUCCUUCAAGGCCACUGAGCAAAUGGAAGCACUGGGUUGUCGCCGAGAUACUUCGAAGAGCAAAAGUCUAUGUUCCACCAUCACCAACAGCUCCGGCACCUAGUAGACCUGCUAUGGGGUCACCUUAGACUACUCCAUCCUCCUAACAUCUCACAUAUGGAAGAGAAUUUCAAUUACUUUUAAUUUGACUAAAUGUUUGUCCCCAUAUAAUGGCUGGAACGUUGUUAUUUUUGUAAUCUAUUACAGAUAAAUGUGCCAUGGAGUAGAAUUCUUCAUUUUUUUGUUUCCAAUUGUUCUCUAGCUUCCUUUUUCUUUUUUUUAAUAAUUUUUUAAAUUUCAAAUAUGUUGAUGAAUGCAUAGUAGAAAUACCUUUUUGAUACAAUCAUCUCAUUGUUAUUAAAUGGAUAUUUUUCUUCCAUUACGGGGACUG